AUGGCUAGCCAAGUCCACCAGCUCUCCCUCGGCCCUCUGACCGCGCACGCCUUCAACGCGGACCGCACCAAAGUGGCCGUCUCGCCCAACUCGAACGUUGUGCACAUUUACGCCCAGUCUUCUUCCGGAUGGACUCUCGAGCACUCGCUCGCGGAGCACGACAAGCUCGUCACGGGCAUCGACUGGGCCCCUUCCUCCAACCGCAUCGUCACCUGUUCCCAGGACCGCAAUGCCUACGUGUGGCAGCUCCAACCCGACGCCCAAACCGGUGCCCAGGUAUGGAAGCCUACGCUCGUACUCCUUCGUCUCAACCGCGCCGCUACCUUCGUCCGAUGGAGUCCGAACGAGGACAAGUUCGCCGUCGCCUCCGGUGCCCGCAUCAUCAGCAUCUGCUCGUUCGAGGAGGACAACGAUUGGUGGGUCGCUAAGCACAUCAAGCGUCCUCUUCGCUCCACGGUGCUGAGCCUGGAUUGGCACGAGAACAACGUGCUCCUGGCAGCAGGGUGUGCGGACAUGAAGGCGCGCGUGUUCAGCGCCUACAUCAAGGGUGUGGAUGCCAAACCGCCCGGUAGCGUGUGGGGUGAGCGCCUGCCGUUUGGCACGGUAUGCGGCGAGUUCGGCACUCCCAGUGGCGGAUGGGUGCACGGUGUGGCGUUCAGCCCAAGUGGAAAUGUGCUGGCGUUCGUCGGGCACGAUUCGAGCUUGACCGUCGUCUACCCAGCCGGACCGGAGCAGCCCCCGGCAGCUACGCACGUCAUCCGCUCCCCCACGCUGCCGUAUGUAACGCUGACCUUUGUGUCGGAGACCUCCCUCAUCGCUGCGGGCCACGACUGCCAACCCGUCCUCUUCCAAGGUGAUGCUUCCUCCGGAUGGACGCUGGUCAAGUCACUCGACGCUGCCGGUGCGGCUGCUUCGAAGGGUGCCCCUCCUCCCCCUCCCCCGAAGGCCCCAGGCCUGGCUGGCCCGGGCAGGCUCAACAACGAAGCGUUCAACCGAUUCAAGUCGGCCGAUUCGCGCGGUGGGUCCUCUGCCCCUGCGCCCGCGACGAGUGGCAGCGUCGCCGGUGCUCUGGGUGCUGUAGCGGGCGCAUCCGUCGCUGCGGACGGAGAACUGCACACCACCCACCAGAAUACGAUUACUAGUGUCAGGCCCUUCGCGGGAGGCAAAGAGAACGUUGAACAGGUCAGCACCAGCGGUGUCGAUGGCCGAUUGUGCAUCUUCAGCGUCGCCCAGGGUACAAACGUCGGUGGGAUUCAGAAGGGCUUGUCGAGCAUGCAGAUCUAG